GCCCUUUAAAGCCAAACCUCCCUCUUUCUGGCCGGAUGUCUAUCCAGAUCGGAGCUGCUGGGGGCCCAGGGUGCUGAGAGUAGGAAGAAGUGGGCGGUGACAGAUAAGGGAAGGGAGCCCAGCGCUGUUAGCUGAAUUACCCAAGGCCAUACAGCUCCCGAGUGGCAGAGCCAGGAUCCAAACUCAGGAGCUGCUGGGAGAUGCUGCUGCUGCCGCCGCUGCUCCUGCUGCUGCUGCUGCUGGGGCUGCUGCUGCUGCUUCUCCUGAAGCUGCCGCCGUCGGCUGUGCCCAGGCAGCGGUGGUCCCAGCGAGCGGGGCUGUCCUGGCUUGUGGGCCUCCAGCAUCGUGUGGCCUGGGGGGUCCUGGGCUGGGCAGCAGCCUGGCAGCAGCGGAAACUGGAGCAGAGCACUCGGCACGCAGGCCAGAGCCAGGAGCAGGCCUUGAGGCGGUGUCUCCAGGGAGCCCAGGGUGCCCCCCGCCCCCUCAGGGGAAACAUAGACAUGAGCACCUUCCGGAACCGUCUCCCUCUGACCAAGGCCACCCAGCUCCAGGAAGAAGAGAGCAGGACACAGCUCCAGCCCCCUACGCCAAAGCAGUACCAUGCCUCUCUGCAGGCCACCUUACUGGGUCUGGCAGCCCUAAGAAAGGCUCACCCAGAGGUGCUGGCUCCAGGGGGCACUGCCUGUGUGACCCCUACAUCCCCCUGGCCCUGCCCCUUCCCCUGGCCUGGACAUGUCCUGGGCCAGGCUAGUCCCUCUGGAGCCAGGGACCCUGGGGCCCUGCUCCUGGAGGCACUGAGGUCCCCCUGGCUGCGGGCACUGGAGGCUGGGACGGCGGUUGAACUGCUGGACGUCUUCUUGUGCCUGGAGGCCAAUGGCAAAGAGCUGGCUGAUGCGGUAGCUGCAGGGAACGCAGGAGAGCCUCUCCCCAGAAGAGCAGAUGAGCUGCGGGCAGCCCUGGAGCAGGGACCCCGAGGACUGGCCCUUCGGCUCUGGCCAAAGCUGCAGGUGGUGGUGACACUGGACGCAGGAGGCCAGGCUGAGGCUGUGGCAGCCCUGGCGGCCUUGUGGUGCCAAGGGCUAGACUUCUUCUCACCUGCUUAUGCUGCCUCUGGAGGGGUGAUGGGCCUGAGCCUGUGGCCAGAGCAGCCCCAUGGGCUCUACCUUCUACUCCCUGGAGCUCCCUUUAUCGAGCUGCUCCCCAUCAGGGAGGAAGCCCAGGAGGAGGCCACCUCCACCCUCCUGCUGGCCGAGGCCCAGCAGGGCAAGGAAUAUGAACUGGUGCUGACUGAUCACGCCAGCCUUACCAGGUGCCGCCUGGGUGAUGUGGUACGGGUGGUUGGCACCUACAACCAGUGUCCAGUUGUCAGGUUCGUCUGCAGGCUGGGCCAGGCCCUGAGCGUGCGAGGAGAAGACAUUGGUGAGGACAUGUUCUCUGAGGCCCUGGGCCAGGCAGUGAGGCAGUGGCCAGGGGCCAAGCUGUUGGACCACAGCUGUGUGGAGAGCAGCAUUCUGGAUACCUCGGAGGGCUCCGCUCCCCACUAUGAGGUGUUUGUGGAGCUGCGGGGGCUGAGGAACUUGUCGGAGGAAAACCGAGACAAGCUCGACCACUGCCUUCAGGAAGCCUUGCCCCGCUACAAGUCCCUGCGGUUCCGGGGCAGCGUGGGCCCUGCCCGUGUCCACCUGGUGGGGCAGGGGGCCUUCAGGGCACUCCGGGAGGCCCUCACCACCUCCCCUUCCUCCCCCUUCCCCCCUGAGAUGCCCCGGGUACUGAGACACAGGCACCUGGCCCAGAUCCUGCAGGGGAGGGUGGUGUCCUGAGCCACGGCCCACCUCCCGCAGAGGCCCAGGUCACCCUUUCCCCUGGGCCCCUCAGGAUAAGGAGCCCUAGACUGGCAUCUCUGACCGUGUCACCUGACAGUUGAUGUGUCCUGAAGCGUAGGCCAGUGGUGCCCUGCCCACGUCCCCCUUGAUCCACCCAGGACACUGCUAGGGUGUUCCUGUGCAUGCUGAUGGCUUCCUGGGUCUCCCAGCCUGAGGGUGUGUGCUUGGCCAGUGCACUGGGUGCUGGGGAGUGAAUGCCCCCGGGAGCAACCCCCGGUCAGUAAGAAACAGGAGGUGGUAAAUAAAGACCCCAGCUUCCCUCAAUGGGACAAUUCUCAAGUGUCUUUCAGAGGGUCCCAACAGUACCGAGCCCCAGCUGCCCACAGCAGCCAGCCACCCAUCGGUGCCCCCUUCCUGGUUUUCCUCACUUCCCCUCUCCCCUCCUGUGCUUCCUGGAAUCAACUCCCAAAUAAACCUUGUGUACCCAGA